AUGUCACGGGAUCCUCAGCUCACGGGCCUACUCCUCUGCGGCAGCAUUUUUAGCAUCGACCAGGUUAAGAUUCAAAAGACCUGGUAUAUCAAUGCAAAGUUCGCAUAG